GGCACGUCGAAACACCUCCCUAAACGCUCGGUAACCCACCUCCACUCCCUGUAUCACCCUCUCCCUACAAUGGCUCCUCCUCCCCGAUCUUCGAAUUUCAUGUCGAUUUACGGUUAUGAUGUGCUUCUCGGAUCAAUUGCUGCAUUUUACGUACUUAUGGUGCCAUUUACGAAAGUUGAAGAAAGCUUCAAUGUUCAGGCCAUGCACGAUAUCUUGUAUCACUGGCAUCACAUAGAAAAUUAUGAUCAUCUGGAGUUUCCUGGGGUUGUUCCUCGCACGUUUAUUGGUGCAUUACUAGUAUCCAUUUUAGCAUCUCCAGUCGUUCUAGCUAUCAAUUUGCUGCAUUUGCCAAAGAUUUAUAGUCUUUUAGCAGUACGUUUGGCUCUAGGAUUCUUCAUAUUAGCCACACUUCGAUUUUUACGUGUUCAGAUCAGAAAUAAAUUUGGGCUUCAAGUUGAAGCUUUCUUUGUGAUACUAGUAGCAAUUCAGUUCCAUAUGCUGUUCUAUUGCACACGUCCUCUUCCUAAUAUACUGGCUUUAGGCUUAGUAAAUUUAUCAUAUGGAUACUGGUUCAAAGGGAGCUUUUAUGCCACAUUAAGAUGUCUGAUUUUUGCUACCAUUGUCUUUAGAUGUGAUAUGCUGCUACUUCUUUGUCCUCUUGGCCUUGAACUUUUACUGACAAAAUCAAUAUCCUUGUGGAAAGCCAUAAAAUGCUGUGCUGGAGCUGCAAUUUUCAGCAUAGGUCUUACUAUCUUUAUUGAUUCAAUAAUGUGGCAGAGGUGGUUGUGGCCUGAAUUUGAAGUCUUUUGGUUUAACUCUGUCUUAAACAGGAGUUCAGAAUGGGGUACACAUCCAUUUUAUUGGUACUUCACUUCUGCUUUACCUCGCUCACUACUGGUUGCAUAUCCUCUCUUUUUGUUUGGUGUUAUACUUGAUAGAAGACUUUCAUUCUACAUUCUUCCUGUUCUUUCAUUCAUCAUACUUUACUCCAAGCUUCCACACAAGGAGCUUCGGUUCAUUAUCAGUUCUGUUCCAAUCUUCAAUUUGUCAGCAGCAGUUGCAGCUAGUCGAAUUUACAACAAUAGAAAGAAGAGUUUUUGGAAUCUGCUUUACAUAGUUCUGCUUGGUUUGCUUGUGAUCAGUUUAGGGUGCAGUGUCAUCACUUUCAUGGCCUCUUAUGAGAACUACCCUAGUGGCUAUGCUCUAAGAUCUUUGCACAAAGUAGGUAUAGGUCAUACGAAAAACACUACCAAUGAGUUGAGGGUUCAUGUUGAUACCUUUGCAGCAAUGAAUGGAAUUUCUCGGUUUUGUGAGAAUGAUAACCAAUGGGUGUAUUCUAAAGAAGAAGGAAUACCUUUGGAAGAGUUUUAUCAGCGGAACUUUACCUAUCUUUUGAAUGAACAUUCGAGCAUCAAGGGAUUUGAGUGCUUGUUUAAGGUAGAUGGGUUUUCUAGGAUGCGUCUUCAUGUUGGCUUCCCGCCAAUAUCAAUGGUUAAAGAGCCAAAAGUCUACAUACAUGGAAAUAUAGAAAACACAGAUAUCAUGGAUAGAAGUUGGCCAGGUUGUUCAUGAUUUCCUCUACCUUAGAAAUGUGAU